UGGGUUAUAAAUGUCAAAAAGGCAACAAAAUAAAAAAAUCUUCAUAAAAAUGAUUAAAUAAAAAUCAGUGAAAGAACAUUCCUUUAUGGAAUAUAAAUGCCAACUAGUAGCACUGCUGCUACUAACGAGAAAAAGAAGGGCGUUAGGUUGCUACCCCAAAAAACUUCAGAUGCCACCGCUCCAAGCUCGAAAAAUAACUCCGAUAAGCAGCUGCUUAAAAUAGCUCCGGCGUUACCGCUAAACAGCAGGCGUCCGCUUUAUGUUCGAUCACAUAGCACUUUAAAUGCAGCCAGCAUAUCUAAAGCACAAGAGAAUCCCGUGUAUGACUGCAUUGCUUUGCAAGCAGGUCCAGACGGUGUCCUAUGCGUUUCACGAACACAAAACGAGAAAGAAAAACAGCCGGACCGCAUUAGUUUAGAUAGAAGAGGCCUGACGCAUAUUCCUGUUAUAGAGGGGGAGUCCAGAUUGAGAUUAUUAUCAUUGCAGCACAAUUUGAUAAUAAAUUUAGAGACUUUGACAAAACAGAAGUUUCCCACUCUUGUUUUCUUAGAUGUAUACGAUAAUCAGUUGGAACAGAUUCAUUGCCUUGAAGUGUUGGAGAAUUUGCGGGUGCUGCUUAUGGGAAAAAACAGGAUUAAAAGGAUUGAGGGCCUAGAAUGUUUAAAGAGACUGGAGGUUUUGGACCUACAUGGCAACCAAAUUUUACAAAUCGUAGGCCUCACUUCACUAUCCGAGUUGAAAGUGUUGAAUUUAGCUGGAAAUCAAAUUCGUAUUGUGGGGGGAAAGGACUUACAGGGCUUGGAUUCUCUUCAGGAACUGAAUUUGAAACGAAAUCGACUAAGAAAGUUGCUGGGAUGUGGUGAAUUGUAUUGUCUGACCAAGUUGUUUGUUAGCAAUAAUGAUCUUCAAAGCGUUGAAGAUAUAAGUAGCAUCGCCAAGUCCCCAAAUAUUAAAGAAAUUUCGAUAGAUGGGAAUCCGGUAUUUUUAUCAGGCGAUUGCGUAUCAUUUUUAGUUUCUUAUUUGUCCCAUCUAGUCAAGUUAAACAAUAUGCUGAUUACUGACCAGGUUCGUAAAGCUGCAAUGGCUUGGAGAAGAAACAAGGAAAAUACUAAUGCCGCCUUUAUGGAUUUAACCAGUGAGACUUCUUUAAACUAUAGGAGGGAAGAGGUGAUAUCAAAUGCCAGAACGAACUGGGAACUACUUAGAUCUCAAACCAAGUGCCUAGCAAAUACCGUGACUACAGUAGACAAAUCAAUGAAAAAUUUGAAACCUGGUAGUGAUUUCGUCCUCACAUCGUUAACCAAUCCCAACAUAAAGCCGCCACUUAAGCCCUCUCCUCAGAAGUCCAAGUCUUUCAUUAAGCUAUCAUCUAAAGUGCCUUUACUACCGAACAAAAAAUUACACGUGGUUAGAACGAUGUCUCAAGAUACUGAAACCUCCCAAAAUACUUCCAGUGGUGCCUCAAAUGAGUUGUUAAAGUUGCCUCCCAUAUUAGUCCCGAUUAUUAGUAAGUUGGAGAAACAGAGCGAAGCUUAUAAGGACCAUGGUUUACUGAAAAGAUCAUGCAGCUUGUCCAGUUUGGGGCCUAACAUUGAUAGCUCAAGUUCGAUGGCGAGUGGGAGCGAAAUAGCUCAAUCUAGCUCUAGUAGCUCAGAAACGUCUGAGUCCGAUUCCGAACAGGAAGACAUUAUCAGCAAGGAACCGACCCUUUUGGGCGGCGCUAUUAAACAAAUUUCGGUGGCGUUGUCUGAUCGAGAUCUUAGUUUCUCAGGGGAAACGCAAAAGGCUUCGAACAGCACCCCAGAGGAUACGUCGAGCAAUUUGUCAGGAUCUACUAAUACGAACAGUACCUCUAUUAUUAGCGUGGUGAGCAGUGAAAGCGAAAAAGACAGCACAAAAUCCAACAGUACUACAACUUCAGGCAGAAAUGUGAAAAGUGCAGUGAGUAAUCGGACAUUGCCAGUUAAAGGCAACAGUAGAGCUGCCACUGCAAAGGCAAAGAAGGGCUCAUCUGUGUCGCCCGUAGUGCCGAAAGAUCGAGAACAAGGUGGAGAUUAUUUAAUAGAAAUAUGUGGUAGACAUUUAAACGUAUAUGGCCAAGGAGCCUUACGAUUCAUCGACAAGCCAUGGAAUAUUGCUAAAGCCCACGAUGUCACUACCAUCAAGUUCAAUUAUGUGAACUUUAACAGCAUUGUAGGCUUUUUGAAUAAAAUUAAAAAUAGAUUUCCAAACGCCGAUCACUACGUGUUCAAAGAAACUAAUAUUUUAUGUCUUGGGCAAUUGAACGCCAUCUCAGAAGUACAAGGACUAUCAUCGGUUACAAUUGACUCGGAGGGCAACCCGAUCGCUAAUAAAGAGUGGUACAGUUACGCAGUUUAUCGGUUGGCUCAUUGGGGAUUAAAAACUAUAAAUGAGAAAAUGAUCACCGAAGAAGAUAUUAGAAAGGCCAAUGAAGAGUUUCAAAGUUUGAGCGACUUGGUUUUGUGGUCUUUGCCCAGUGCUUUAUUACAGCCUUUGCUGGUUCGGCUUAGAAUCGAUGUGAACCAUGGGGUGACCGAACAGAAUGCGAAAAAAUGGCUCAUGAGAGCUGAUCCAGCACUGAGAAGCGUUGUCAGCAAAGAGGCGUUACAAUGGAAAAAAGGCUCUGUUAGUCAGGAUGAUUUGGCGUUAAGGCAAAAGGCCCGGCAGCACAUAUGCGGCCUGUUAGAAGAAAUGACUAAUGCUAUGAAUAAGCUGAAAAUAUUAGAUCAGGAUUGGCCCCAAAUUAUGCACGAUUUUACGCAAAACACGUUACUGGACUACUCACAACUCGACUUGUAUGUUAAACAAAAAAUCCAAGAACUGAAGUAGGUAAUGAAAUUCUCUUGGAAUUUAUCAUUUCCUCGACAAGAAAACAUCUGUGUACAGGGGCAAAAUAAGAGUCCAUUUACGGUAGUAGUUAUACAUGAUAAAUGAACCGUUCUGUAUACAGAAUUUAAUGUUUAAUUAAUUCAUUGAUUAACUGGCUUGUCCGGGCCCGUUAUUUGGAAACAUUUGUUGACUCAAGUUUAAACGUAUUGUGUAAUUAAGGGAGUAAUUCUGAAACAAUAGCAAAGCAAUAAAAUAAAAUACGUUUAAAAAGGAAAUUAAAAGUUUGUAAAAAGCCAACAAAGCAGUUAAAGUAACAGUAUCUUGUAGUUGCACAAGUGAUUUUUAUAAAAUAUGGAAUAUUUCAUAAAAGCAACUAUUUUUCAGGAGCCGCUCUUAUAUAUAUAACAAUCAAGACACUGCCUCAUAUUUAUUGACACUUUUCGAUUCACCAUACUGUUUUGAUAAAUAUUGUUAAGUGCUGUCUUGAAUGACUAAUUAAACUUAAUUUUAUAAUUAACUUA